UUUCUGUGGUCAGUUGAAGAGAAGCUAUGCACCUGCGGUUGAGACAGUCGGCAUCUGACGUAAAUCCGAAUUUUGAUUCAACCAAAUACAAAUUUUCAUAUUUUCAUAUUGUAUGACUUCAAUGACACAACACUUCGCAUGAGCUAUUUUAGUCUGCAUUCAGAGCAGAACCUUUCUACUAAGCCUGUCGGCUCAGGUACACGGUCACAUUGACAUUGUCGCCACCACAUUGCCAGGUGAGCUCCCGACAACGCAUAUAAAGUCAACGUUAUUAUACAUUACGAGAAUGUUUCUUGCCAUGAUAAAGGGAUACUAGUAUACACUUCACAACUGAACACGGCUGUUGGGGGUAGAUGAAUUUUAUCAAGACGUCAUUGACAAACAAAUUCAAGUAUUUUACAUGUGAGAAUACAAAGGCUUCAAGACCAGCAGUAAAUUGACACACCAUCUCCGAAAGUUAGCCAUAGGAAUUUGGAACUUGUUUUCGACACUUCUAUCACCAAAAUGUUUGAGUCACGUUUAAAAGAGGCGAAAACCUUCUUCACAGAGGGGAAUAAGAAAUCAGACGCCGUCAUACAGGUGGAAGACCACGAGCUUCACGUGGACCUGAAUAUAAUCUCUCUGAUGUCCCCGACACUGGCGAGUGAGUUCCAGCCACGCCCGGACCCCCAGUCUCCUCCUAGCGAAACCAACAAAGCCGUGGCCAAGUUGGACGGAAAUGUUGACCACAUUGUGGACAUGCUAACCUCCAUCUACCCCAACUUCAGGAGCGUCAACGUUGUUGAUGAAGACAACGUCGAGUAUCUACUCCCACUGGCUGCGAAGUACAAGCUGCUGUUUCCGGUGGAAACGUGUAAAACAUUGAUAAUAGGAGCGGUACCUGGCAUGGAUUAUGCUCCCAUGACGAUUUCCGUAACAUGUCAGAAACAAAUAAAAAAUGAAGAAUACGAUGAAGAGAAUAAAGAUCGUCUCAUGCGGUAUUUCGUGUUGGCGCAUAAACAUGAAUUAGAUGUAGUGAGGAAAUGUUGUAUGGACAAGUUAGUAAAAUGCUGUUAUAGCAAACCGACCAAUUAUUCGACUAGUACUCAUAUGAAUCCAACACGAUGCACUCCGGCCUUCCAGCAGCUCGACCCAACUACAAGAUGCGAAAUACUGAGAAAUCGAUUAUUUUACCUGGAAGGUACCUACGGUAAAGUGACAGACAACUUGGAAGACCUUUGAGGACGUGAGACAUCUUGUGGCUACUUACAGUUCUUGUUUAUCUGCACACAAUAUAGCAACGGCUCCCCCAACGUAGAUAUAAUAUAUUAAUUCGCCACUAUAGUUUCGUUUUCAGACGGAUUCGAAAAGCUCGACGUUAAAAAUAGCCCUCCAAUCAAAUUAAUGUCGCGAGCGAGAUAAACUCGGUGCAAAAUCAGAGAAGGGAACGAUUGAGGUGGUGACGUCACUUCCGAAACGAUGCUGUGAUCGCGAAUAGGUCCACGUUAUGUAUGACAAUGGACGGUAGAUGUCAUACACUGGAUAAUCGAGUAUAUGUUCAUUGAUUCUAUAUAUAAUCUGUGCUGCUAGAUGAUUUUCUCUAGACUAGGCCGUGCUAUGGAUUAUAUACACAUGUACAGACUUGUCACAAGACUGUAACUAGAUAGACUACAUACGUACGUUGUAUUGUUUAUAUAUACUUUAAUAAGCAUGUCUCCAAUUACGAAAUCAAGACGCUGGUAAUAUUUGUCUUCGUGUUGAUGCUUGCCCUUUUCCAUAUUUCCCCCAAACUGCUACAGUUACUGGUUACUUGUUACUAACAAACUUAAGAAAGGUCACCUUGAAACGGCAUAAUGCCACAAUAGUAAUGACUGAAACUUAAUAUGUACCUUUACAAGCUGCUUAUCUUCAGUUAUAUCUAAACUUAAGGUGACAAUUCGCUAUAUGUUUUGAUGAAGUCUCGUUUUGUGCAGAGAACAACAUGAAAAAUGCCUAUUUUGGUGAAAUAGGCAUCUGAAAGAUAAACUAAACAAACAUUCAAUUAGGUUUCGGAGAUAGCCACGUACUUCCCGAGUCACAUUAAAAAAUAACCUUUUAUUUUGAAAAGUAAGGGAGAUAAAACAAAAUCAGAACUUUACUCAAAAUGAGCGGAUGUGCAGUCUCCUUCAAUGAUUCGGAGCACAGUGAAAAUUACUGUACUCGCCGAUCUACUGUUAAUGUAAGGAGUUAUACAGAACAAAUUUUGCUUAACACUUUAAAUUGAUUUGGAUGCAUUGACUCUUUUGUCAUCAAAGCAAGCCUUGUGUGUUUUGUUUGAAGCAUUUUAAUCAACAUAAAGAUCCAUCGUUUAGGUAAAAUGCCAGGGGAAAUGUCUCUCGUCGUUUCCAAUGGGUUGUUAGUUCCAGUAUCUUUAAUAUCUUGGUCAGAAGUGGGUCGUAAUUACCACGAGAAGCUGUCCCAGCUGUUGCCUUAUUCUUUUUAAUCCACCCAUGAAUCGUUAUAAAUGACCAUGAGACAAUUAAUGACUUGAUAUAUGUUAACUUUCAGUCAUUACUAUUGUCAUUGUGUACCUAUCCUGCCAUGUUCAUAUACACAUGUAGCUGGAAUUUUGCUGAGUGCGACGUUAACCAACAAUUAAACAAACAAACAAAUCACACCACGUGCUUUGAAAAUGCUCCACAUCAGAAAUACGGCUCCCCAUCAGUCUUCUCAGGCUGUAGAGUAGUCUGUCAUACAGACCCUGAAACUAAUAUAUCCAAUACAGCCCAUGCAAGUCUAUCAUGUUUGGCAAAUCUAGAUUACUUUGGGCUCCUUUUUAUUAUAUUUUUAACUAUUAUUUAACAACUGUUUUUUUCUUCUGUAAGCUAUGCUCAUUUCAGAGACUAGAUGUUAGUCUAGCUGUACAGCUUCCAAUGAGAAAACAUUUCUCUGGGCUGCGGUGGAACGUGACGCGGUGCACGUGGAGUUAAUGCUCGUGGUAUUCGUCAGUAUCUCUUGUGAACUCGACACAUGCGCAGUAGUGAACUGAUAGUAAAGGACAAUCCGCCUUCCAAUCCACUUCACGGAUUAUGAAAUCCGCCGGUUCAAUGUUUGAAUACUCUUUUUUCUGUUUUCUCUCUCUUCGUAUUGCUUUUAUCAUCACAAAUAAACAAAUAUCUUGUGAUCUUGUAUUUUGACGAAUACCCUACGCAAUCGGAUGGAAUAAUUUAAAUAUCUGUGAGUUGUCGUUGUAUUUCCCUAUCUGUGACAGACAGACAGACAAUAAUUUAUUUGCGUCUCAUCCAUAAGGUACAUUGUACAAUAUACAUAUAAAAUCAAAACACGCGUAAAACUAGUAGCGGCCAGUUUCUAACUUUAAUGGGGCUACCCCGCAUCUAAAUUUAGCAAGCGCACUUCUGUGGCAACGACACAGUGGUUUCUUAACGUAAUCUUCCGUAUCGUUAUGGUGUUUGAAACGCCUGUAGGUUCUCAGUUUAUUUCUUCCCCUCGCCCCUUGUAUUGACUGUAGCUUGUCCCACCACUUUGUUUUAUACUCUGACAUCAGUCUUUCUCUAACUGCCGCAGCAAGGGGCCUCGACUCAAUGUGUGAGCUAGUAGAUGUUAAGUGCCCAAGGUCUAUUCUCUCGAGACACGCCGUCACCCUGGAGUUCCAGUUUUUCUUGAACUUACUUGCCCAUAAAAAUAUCUUCUUAGUGACUCUCCUGUUUGGCGUGUUGACAAGUCUGGCCCAGUGCCUUGAAACUGUGGCCCACGAUCUGACACAAGGUGGGAUCCAGCCAACCUCCCCAUUUAUUGCAACAUUUGGUGCGUAUUUCCCCAGUCCAAGGAAGAAGCGGAUAGCACGGUGGUGAACAGCGUUUAUCGUCGAAUAUUCUGUCGUGCCCCAUAUUGCGGAACCAUAGUCCAGACAAGACCAAACCAUUGUGUCGUAAAGUUUGCUAAAUACUUUAAAUGGCAUACCGCCAAGGCUUUUGUACUUUGAGAUUAAAAGACCAAGGGCUCUACAUCCUGAUUUUGCUGCACAUUUGGCCAUAGAGUUAAAAUCUAAAUGUUCUGUUAAAAACACACCCAGAUAGUUAUAAGAAUCUGCCACUUCUAACACAAGUUCAUCACAGUAGAAAGAAACCGAAGUCCUGGCAAUAGUAGCACCCUGAAGUGAACACUCUUGGACUUAUCUGUGUUUAUAUUCAUUUUAUGGUCCUUACACCACCCGCUAAGAAAUGUAUAAAACCUAUCUGGUCAAUGAAACGGAAAACGUAGGGCAAUUCACACAAAGUGAUCAUCGCGACUGCAGCAAGUCUAUUUGAAGCAGGGGUCCAUGGACGUUUCUCAGACGUUUACCACUUUCGUGAAACCCACGAGCCCGGGUAUGGUGCUGACAAACCUACAAACAAAACCAGGGUGAACUUGGAUUAGAAAACAAGAUCAUAUAGGUUGGCUUAGCAACCUUGACAUCCCACCCCCACCAAACCAAUCAAACCAAAGCAGGAAAACACUACAGUUUAAAAUGUACAAUUAAGUUAUAAUAUACACAUUAUAUUAGAGAUUUUGUUUUUAUUACUCUGGUCAGAUAUGUAUGUUUAUUCCACUAUGUUGGAGUACGGAUCGUUAAGGGAAUGUUGAUAGCUGAUCGAUGUUGCCGUACAUCUGACCACAAUGACGACUUGUUAUGAUGAACAUAAUCAGUACGAUACCCUUGUUUAUCACUACCUGCGCUUUACACAUGCACUUUUGACUUUGGACGAUGUGCACUUUGAUACCAACACUCCUCAGAUAAGUUUUACGCCGUUGAGUAUUUACUCAUAUGCGUAAUA